AUUUGACAGGCAGUCAACUUUUGUCUGGAAAAAAGUUAUCAUUUCAGAGGACAGUAAGUUUUAGUAGAAUAGCCACAUCAACAUUGCGUUGUUACGCCCCUUUCACCUUUUCUCACACCGGAUCAGUCCGGCUUAAGCUCUCGGCGCGAACGCACCGGUCCCAACGUCUUGCGGUUUCCCGCCAAAAAAGAUGCCGCGGCCUAAGCAACAGACUAGAGAAGAAAGGUUGGAAAAAAGGAGGUUGUAUGAAAGAAGAAGAAAAGAGAGAAUUAAGAGCAAUGAAGUCUCACGCGAAGAGUUUUUGAGAAAAGACAGAGAAAGGUAUGCCAGAAAAAAAGCAGCGGGAUUAAUUGUUUCAAGGCAUCUAAUGACCCCUAAAAAAUUAAGAAUUCUAAGAAGAAAAAACAAAAUAAGUGCUGCUGCUUAUUACCAAAGAAAAAAAAAUAGAGCAGCUCCAGCUCCUAUAGCGGCUCGUGCUAACCCUCUGGAUGAGACAAUUGGGGAUCAAAGUGAUGGUCCUGGACUAAGCACUUCCUGUCACAGUUCCUUCUUGCCUACUUUACGGCGCAGCUUACGAUUGAACAGCAAUAGUAUUAGUACGAAUAUCCAAAUCCAACGUUCUAAUACUACAGAAGCUAGAAGCUUUCAUCGGGUAUACACAAGCAGUCCACGACAAACCCUGCUAUCAACGCAUCAAAAUUUUGUAAAUUUUAACUAUAGCAAUCCUGGUCCAAGCACUUCUCGUCAAGGGAAUCCAUCUUCGGCUCGGCGCUGCUUGCCGAUGAAUAGCGAUAGUACAAUUGGUUCCAAUAUUCAACAUCAUAUUGAUGACAAUGUAGUAACUGGCACUCAUUGUGUACAACCAAGUGGCGUACAACGAAUAACAUGUCCAUCAAAUCUAAGUAGUAUCGAGUCAACAUUAUGCCCCAACAGCCCUGUUUCAGACUCGUCAAUUACAUCUGUAGAAUUCAAGCGAGGACUUAAAGACAAAUUUCGAAAAUAUCAAAAAACUAAAACUAAGCUAAUAACAGAAUUACAAAACAAAUUAUUACAGGCCACUAAGGAAAAAGAAAUGUUCAAAAAAAUGUGUAACAGACUACAAAGCAAUUAUAUGAUUUUGAAGAUAAGUACCCAAAAAGGAGAAAAACCAGCAGUAGAAGUCAUAAAACCUGAUGAAAAAAAAAAUCGAAUUCUGAGGAGGGUGGUGAAAUUUUUAGAAGAUGAUGAAAAUUCAACACUGUGUCCUGGAAAAAAUGACACCAUAUCUAGACAUGGAUUAAAAAAACAAAAAAGACUAUUGACAGACACACUUAAAAAUUUACACUUGAAAUAUUUGGGACCUGAUCCCAAAUAUUUCAAGUGUAAAUUGUGGUUCUUUGAGGUUAUUGUAACCUCAAAGAAUGAUAUAUGUAAUAAUACUAACUGUAAUAUCUGUAUAUUAAUGAUGAUAUUAAAAAAACUGUGUACUGUCCUGUCUCAGUGUUUAUCUAAAAUUUGUGGAAAUCAAACCUAACAAAGUACGGAACCCUGGCUGGGGGCACGGUUGUUCUUAGCUGUAUCAUUUCGGUGGAUUUAUCAUUUCGGUGGUAAUUUUUAUCAUUUCGGUGGACACUUUUAAUUUCAGUGGACUCUUAAAACUUUAUCCUUAAAUAUUUAUGUAAGUUUUGAUAAUAUUUGAUGUCCACUCACGCACAAUGUUAUAAAAUAGACUAAAGUAUUAUUUGUCACUAAAAAUAUAUAGAUUGCAUUGAAAUAAAAAAAUCCCACCGAAAUGAUACAUAAAAAUCUCUUGUUGA